GACCGCGACAUGACGAACGCCCGGCAGCACCGAGGUGCGGGCAGUCUGCGCACGGACAUCGAUCGAAGCUCACGUUCACAUCCACUCCUCGAAAUUCCCGGUGUUUUCUUUUCGAUUCGUUGACACAUCGUGAACAAGCAAGGUCGGGACGCGAACCAUUGCCACGCGAUUUAUCACACGUCUGCUCUCCGCUCCUGUGAGUCGUGCCUCGGUGUAGUGACACUUGUGCCUUUCGGAAAAAAAAGACUAAAAAUCAUCGUCGUCCUGGGAGACCGAUUCUACUACCCUGCCAACUCCUCCUCUACACCCUGUGAAUCGUCACACGUAUACGCGUCGAUCGAGCAGUAGCAUGGUCCGCAACUAACCUCUAUUCGUGUUUGUACUCCACCGAUACAACCAUACCAAUAGAGAAUAUCGAUCAAUAAUGCUGUAAAACUUUGACCGCCAGUUUUUGUUUAAAAUAGCAGUGAAAUCGUGGCAGAAUGUUUAAGCGGUUGUCAAAAUCAAGGCGUCAUAGUGCCGACGACGUGGCCCUUUCGUUGUCGAGCCCGACGACCCUGGACGAGCCACCGGGGACGUCGACGCCGCGGGACAACUGUCAGAGCAUCAGCCCAGCCGCCCUGCUGAGGGUUUCGAGGACAAAGUACACCAGGAGAAGCUGCGGGGACGCGAGCGCCAUGCAAGCAUUGCUCGCCACUAAACAGGAACAGGAGCAAGACGUCGCCGAGGCCGAUUAUCAAAUGGUCACGGCCGUUCCUGCGUUCAUCGUCGAACACGAGCCCGAGAAACAGCGUGGCUCGAGUUUUGGAGUCUGGGGUCGUAGAAUGAGCAAGAAGAUAGAUUCGUUCCGGCGGGCUGGUUCCCGCGAAACGAUCUGCUCCAUUUCCGAAAGGUCCGACGCCGGAAACGGUAGCGCUAAUAACAAUAACAGUUGCACGGCAGCUAACAAUAACAAUAUUAGCCCGAAAACGGACAAGUUAGUGCCAGAUCUGAAGCAAGAUAGCAAGCUAGAAAAGAGAAUACCGGGAACUUUUCAUAGAUCACCUUCUCCCUUUAAAUCGUUCUUCAUCCGCAUGGGUUCCACGGGAAUGCUCAACUCGGCGAGAAGUAACAGACGUUCGCAAAACAUGGACGAGAGACUAAAGACCACUGAGAAGGAAAAUUUGUUUAGAAGUUGUAGCACUAGUCAGCUGAACACCAGCCCGACUUACGUAAAGGGAGACGACCCCUCGGAAGGGAUCGAUUUACAGAUCUCGAACCGCAAGGAUAAAACCGUAUCUUGCGACAAUCUAGCGGAUCGUCAAAAUGACGACGCGUUCGACGAGCAUAUCGGAGCCGCUACCGCGAGCUUAUAUUCCCUGGGAAACCCAUCGAUAACGAGCUUCAGCCCUUGUGACUUUGGUCAGUCCCGAAACGAAUCGCCGAUGCGGAAGAGCAGUAGUUGUGACUUCAAGGAAGCCAAGAAGUCUAGCUUUCCGUACGCUUUCCUACGGUCGAAACUAUCCGUCCUACCCGAGGAACGUCACAGUACGUUCGCCUCUAAAGACGAACGACUGUUCAAGACUGCCUCUGAGGAACAUUUCCCCGCGUUAAAGAUCGAGGAUACGUAUACCGGAACGACCACGCUUGGACGUCGUCGUACCAGGAAUGGCAACAUGACCAGGGGAAAUCCGAACAAGUCUCAGGAACAGCCCACCUCGAAAAGCGGACGGAACUCGUACACUGAGUUUCGGAGGAGUUCGAGCAGAUGCGAAGAUAGGUACAGUCUAAACCCUGGUCAUUUGGAGAGGAUUGACGACAACUUCCAGCAGGAAGAUACGGGCUGCUACAAUUCGUACGAUAGCAGUCCGAUGUCCCUUCGAGGUAACGCGACUGUUCAGCAUCCAGAAACUGGCCAGGAUAGAGUCGACUUUGCCGGAAGGAUCAACGAGUCUCGAUUUUCCGAGACGUCCUCGUUAAACGUAGACCUGGACAUGGUAGCAGCGUUGAGGAGCCACAGACGCAACUCCGCGCCCAGUGGUGAGCAGAGGCUUUCCUCUCAUUAUGUCAGCUCGAACGAGUCUGGCUACGACAGUGACGGGCCUAGAGGAGAGUCAGCGGCAGCUUCGGAAAAUGAAGGUUUAAGUUUGAAGUGUACGGAUAGUUCGGAUACUAGCAGCGUGGUCGAUUCGGAACUGGAGAAGCCUAUCAGGAGCUCUACUCCCAGCGAGUGCCAAGAACAGGAGAACAGCAACGAUACCAGGAUGAGAAAGCUUUCCGAGACAGAUGUCGUUCGGGCUGGCACGUCUGAGUUGAAUGACGGUAUAGACGGGCUUAGGUGGCAUCAGAGUAAUUCGGGGAGAUUGCUGCCGAGCAUUCAUCAGACGUACGACGAUGUCAUGAUGAAUUCUCAGUUUCCAAUUUGCGGGAACGGUCUGACCGCGUUGCAAAGUUCACCAAAAUCGCUGGAUAUCUCACCGCAUCGAAUGAGAUUACAACAAGACAAGAGCAGGUUUCUCAGUGACAUAAUUCAACCACCGAAGAGGGUUAGACGAUGUCGAUUGGUACAACUGAACAAGAGAGAUCCAAAAGAAAAUUUGGGUAUCCGCUUGGCGCAGCAACGUUUAGGCGAGUUGCGGUAUAUCGUCGUUCAGUUGGAAAGCGAUGGAAUAGCGCAUAGAGACGGAAGACUAAGGCUCGGUGAUGAGAUCGUCGAGGUUGAAGGGAAGGAGUUGAGGACACUGGAAAGCCUGGAGGAGGUCCAAGAGUUUCUAAGAUCUUUCACCGGUAAUAAAAUACGUCUGAUGACCGCGUUCGAGGAGACAGUGCCGCAGGUGUAUGUCAGCCCUCCGACUUUACCUGGGGAGUACGAGUACCUGGAAAAUGCAAAGAAUCUUUCGAAUCUGUCGUUGAUCGACAGUGAAACGAGGCAAACUGUACAAUCGAAUCAAUCGAGGACACCUGCUGCGGACGAAGGCGUUCAGUCGACGAAGAGGCCAGACUUUCUGCCGCUUUCUUGCAUGUCCAAAGAACGGAAGGGCGUGGAAAGUAAUUUGGAAUCGACGAUAGAGCCGCAACAUUACUUAUCGAGACACAUUGCCAAAUUCGAGAAGGGUUACGGCAAGCCUAGUCUCGGUUUCAGCGUGGUGGGUGGCAGAGACAGCCCUCGCGGUGAAAUGGGCAUCUUCGUGAGGAGGAUUUUCCCCGGUGGUCAAGCUGACGUCUCCAAGUCGCUGUUCCAAGGUGACGAAAUCCUAAGUUUAAAUGGAAAGGUGCUGCGUGGCUACACACACCAGGAAGUUAUCGAAUUGUUCAAAGCAGUAAGAGAAGGCCCAGUUGAAUUGGAAAUCACAAGGAGACACAGGUAUCCAAAAAGUACUCAAAAAUCCGCGCCAUGCUGAAAAGGAGGCAACGUGGACGAAGCUGCCCACAGGAAGUGCUCUUUCGGUUUAACUCUAAGCGAUUUAGUGUUCGCUGCAUACGAAGUUUUAGGAUUCUAGUCUAUCAGAACGAAUCUUUGAUCUUUGAUGUUUGUUUCAAUUAAUUUAUUUACUGCGGUGCCGCAGUUGCGUAGGAAUUAAGUGUAUUAUCAAAUUAUUAUUAUUAUUAUUAGUUAUUAUUGACUAUUAUUAUGUAUUAUUUUUAUUAUUAUGUUAUUAUUAUUAUGACUGUAAGAUUUUAUAGAGAUACGUUACAGCAGCGUGAAUUCAUUGUAUACGAUUUCUGACAUUAUUAUUAUUAUUAUUAUUAUUAUCAUUAUUAUUAUUAUUAUUAUUCUUGUUGUUAUUACUAUUAUUAUUAUUAGUAUUAUUAUUAGGAUUAUUAGGAUUAUAGAGGACAAUAAAAGGGCCGUAAUUUAAAGGUGCUUAAGGAUCUGUUAUGCGUAACAAUGAUGUGCAACGAUCAACGAAACAACUUUUGAACAGUUAUUAAAUAAUAAUUUUAUUUUCAAGGGACUUUACAAAUUUACAAUAUGUACAGGUUCCCAAUUCAUUUUUACAGAGGUCACAAAGUAUUUUCUUCGUUUUUGCAAUCUUCUUGUACAGCUUCUCUUCACGUGUCGACGAGCAAAAGAUCUGCGCACGACUUAGCCUUCGUUGUCCUGAAAGAUAAUGUCGUGAAUUAUUUAAGAUACCAUUCUUACUCUCAAACUGUAAUAUAUUUUAUACAAUUAAGGUAUUAGUAUAUAUCGUGCUGGUUACGUAAGAAUUUAGGUUCGGUUAUUGUUGCUAAAUAAUCACUAAGAUCGCUGUAUGGCGAAAAUAUUCACAUUCCUACGAUGUUUAUGGAGAAAAUGUACAUAAAUGUAAGGAAGAGAAAAUUAUAAAUAUUUUGGAAAUACAGGAGGCAAAAUAACAUGAAAGGGCUGUGCUUCCCAAGUAUAAUUUAGGCACUAUGUAUUUUUUUUUGCACUGUUUAGUUGUAAUUCCAAAUUUUACGCACAGGCUGCUAAAAGAUUUCAAUUUCAUUUUUGUAGAUCCACUCUUACAAAUGAAAUAUAUUGAGGAAAAGUGUGACUCAUUCCCUUUUUACAUAAUCAGCAUGACUGUACUAAAGUUGAAAUUUUAUAACAGUCUUAUGUUAACUUUAUGAAUUUCUUUCCUAUAAAAUCAGCUAACGUUAAUACUAGAGGACACUGAUAAAAAUCAUAGAAAGCUGUGCGUAACAGUACAGUACUGCCAUACUUACUGUAAUUCUUUAUUUUUAACGCGUCUACAAAGAUGCAAGGCAAUCGGUCCAGUUUUGAUGUUACGGAAUAGCUGAACGGCUUUUUUAUGGGUCAAGUCGUGGCAAACGUGGCCAUUCACUGCCAAGAUCUCGUCACCCGCACGCAAACGGCCAUCUUCCGCGGCUUGCCCUCCUGGCAAUACCGAUUUUAUAAAGAUACCUGUAAUAAAUAUAUACGAUAAUUACUACGAAUUAUGCGAAGAAAAAUUAAGCAGCGAUCGAUAUGACAAAUAGAUUUGCAAAGGAAAUAUUUCUAUUGCGAUAACUUCGAAUUAUUUAUUCGCAGACAAUAGAUAGCUUAUGAACGAACAUGGACGAUUUGAUAAAACUCGAUAAUGUUAAUAAGUAAGCUUUACAAACAAAUUCAAACAACGUAAUAUCAUUUUAUAAUCCGUAGAGAACAUUUAGGCAAGUAAUCUAGAACACGAAAAUUAAUAUUUCGCUUAUGUAUCGUUAUAAGGAUCUAAACUUGCUAAAAAUUACAAAUACAACGUCAUUGGAAAGAUUCGAUCUGGUUCAAUUUAGUCUUCGUGCACUUUUCCUUUUUACGAUAAUUUUCGACGUCUCAUCCUUUCUCACUACAUAAAUCCUAUUAAGUACAAAUUAAAUAUUUCUUCCGUCAAAGUUUUUGAAAGAACAUGUAUUUUACAAGAGCAAUCAAUUUUCACAUGUUCAUCCAUCUAUAUCUUCCAAAAAAAAAAAAAAAAAAAAAAAUAUAUAUAGAUUUUAGAGGUUUGUCUUUUACGGUCAACCGAAUGCAAAACUUAAGCGAUCAAUUUCUUAAUUCUUAUUUUUAUUUCAGAGAUGUAUUACAGAACAUCUCCCCUCGCCUCUCUAGCCGAUAAACACUCGAUGCAAUAGUUCUUUGACUCGAACUAGCCCGAGACGUUUCUCAACGAUGUUUUUUUCAUCGUUCAAGAAGCGAACUGCAUCGCAUCCAUGUACGCGGCUGAUCUUACACGAAUGUAAAACAACUGGAAGGCCGGUAUUCCCGAUGCGUACGAAACGCGGAUUGGAACGCAUUCGCCUUGUAAUGUAACGAGCGCGUAAAACUCGAGACUGCUUGUAUACACGCGGAGGUACUUUAUCGACAAGCAGCGCCAUACGGCGGUCGAACGAGUGCGUAAACGUUAUGCGAGAAAACCGCCGGUGUUUCUAGU